ACGAUACGAAGCAGUUGAAACGAUUUCCCUAACGGCCUAACCUCCUCUCCGUCUAGAGAGGGGGCGAGAGAGAGCGAGCGAGCGAGCUCGAGCUCGAGCUCGAGCUUUGCUUGCGGAAUCGAAUGGCCGCUUCCGCCAAGAUCGGCGCAGAGCUCGAGCUCAAGCCCCGCCACCAUCCGAGGCGGUCGUUCGAUUUCGGCGACCAUCCCUGGGGCGGCGACGAGGACAGGUUGCCUUUCUUCAGAUCGGCCUCUCGCCGGCGAGGCGACACGUGGAUCGUCUCCCUCUUCGUGCUCCUCCACGUCUUCGCCUUCGUCGCCACCAUGGCCGUCAACAACUGCGGUGAGAACUCCCACGGCGAUUGCGCGCUCGAGGCCCUCGGCAGGUUCUCGUUCCAGCCGCUCCCCGAAAACCCCCUGCUCGGACCUUCUGCUUCGACGCUGGAUGCAGUGGGGGCUGUCCGACGAACAUUGCUGACUGAGCACCAGAGUUGGCGACUCCUCACUGCACCAUGGUUGCAUGCUGGGAUUUUCCACCUAUUGAUCAAUCUGGUCAGUGUCAUGUACUUGGGGAUUCAUCUAGAGCAGGAGUUUGGACCAUUAAGAUCAGGGAUGAUCUAUGCACUCUCUGCCUUGGUUGGUAGCUUCGUUUCUGCACUUUUUGUCCAAGACAGUCCACAAGUCGGUGCAUCUGCUGCUCUUUUUGGACUAUUGGGAGCUAUGCUUGCUGUUUUAAUACGCUAUUGGAGACAUUUCAAUGAUAAGUUUGCUGCUCUGCUUAUCAUUUUCUCAAUCUUCUCAAUCAAUUUUGCUGUUGGCCUGUUGCCCUAUAUUGAUAACUUUUCAAGCAUUGGAGGCUUCAUAUCGGGAUUUCUACUUGGUGUCGUGGCUCUAUAUAAACCUCAACGUAGAGAACUUCCUCCCAGUAAGGUUGGUCUCUUUGACUAUGGUGUUCAGAGUUCCCUCAAGUUGAAGCAGAAGCUGGAUAAACCAGUGCUGAGGAUUGUGGCUCUUGUUCUCUUUGGUCUCGUAUUCUCUGGCUGUCUUGUCGCUGCACUAUGGAGAAUCGACUUAAACCAGUACUGCAGUUGGUGCUAUUUUCUCAAUUGCAUCGCUUCCAAAAGAUGGAGCUGCAACGACAUGACGACUUCUUGCGAGAUUUUGCAGUCAGUGGAGCGCAAUGCCGAGUUAACUUUGACCUGCAUGGCUAAUGGAAAAUUCAGGGUGUUUUCUUUCACCAACAUUUCACCAGCCAGAAUGGGGGAUCUGUGCACUCUGAUAUGCUCGUAGAUCUUCUCUCUCGGACAGAUUAGUAGCUUUGCAUUCCCUUGACGGUCUCAAGCACGGUUUAUGAUACGUACACCAGUCUUCCGGUGAAUUUUGUAUUCUUUUGUAGAGACUAAACCGACUAAGUUCUCCACUCUAUUCCAGUCUUUGAAAUGCAAUGGCUCGAUGUUCUUUCCGAUUUUGAUAUGCUGUGCUGACACGUUCUCCAAACUGCUCCAAUGCCAUGGAUUGGUUUCUUUUCUUGACUCAAGAGUAUUCAAAUCUUUGCUGCUAGAAUUGGAUCAAAUACACAUGAAUACGUGAUGCACGUACGAAAUUGUAACUUUUCACGGGGAAGCAUAAACGUUAGAGGCAGUAUUACCCUAAAUCUCAGUCAUCAUUGUAUUGGUCUGAGUUCAAGCAAAUUUCCAGUACUGUUGUUGCUAUU